GUAAUUUUGACACAAAAAGCGCCAUCUUGCGUUCCUCAGAGACAUUAGACGAUCCGCGAGGUAGUCUUUCAAGAACUUUCGGCGAGAAAAUAUCGAGGAGAAAGAUCAAAUCAAUUCAAAAUGAGUCAAGCAGUUAAGAAGUUGAUUCCCUUGUUGGAUCGCGUUCUCGUGCAACGUUUCGAGGCUGUCACAAAGACCAAAGGAGGCAUUGUCAUCCCUGAAAAGGCCCAAUCGAAAGUUUUGCAUGCCACAGUCGUUGCUGUCGGUCCGGGAGCUCGCAACAAGAAUGGCGAUCACAUUCCUCCAGCAAUCCAAGCCGGCGACAAAGUCUUGUUGCCCGAAUACGGAGGCACGAAAGUCGAAGUUGACAACCAAGAACUUCAUUUGUUCCGCGAAUCUGACAUCUUGGCAAAAGUUGAAGCUUAAAAAAGGAACAAAAUGCUAAAGGAGACGUUUAAUCAUUAAAAAAAUAUAUUUAGAGAAAAAAACCGUAAUAUUAAGCGACAGAGACGUUUUAAGAGUAAUUUUAAGGGCUGCCUAACAAAUUAAGUAAGGCUUUCUUGUGCGACGAUGGAACAAGGCGAUUGUUGCAUUUUUUGUCAUUUUACGUGCAAUCUCUUGUGAAGUUGGCGUGCAGGAGAGUUUUGUUCUCGUUCUUUAAUUUAGCUUUAGUUUUGUACAACAUACCUACAUUUAUGGAAUGAAUGAAAUAGAGUGUGUCUAGUUUUGACUUUACAAAGCUUUUUUUU